AUGGCCGAAUCAGGAAUAGCACUCGCGUACCGCGAUCGGCCAGUUGCUAUUAUCGGUUGCGGCGUCAUGGGUCGGCGCAUCGCUUUGAUCUGGGCCCAGAGUGGAUUUAAAGUGAGCGUCUUCGACAAGAAUUGUGGACAGGUUGAGGGUAGCCUAGGAUUUUUAAAAGAAAACCUCACUGUGAUCAAUACGAAAUUGAUCCGGAAUGUUUGCGGGUUUCAUGAUUUGCGUGCCUGCGUGAAAGGGUGUUGGCUAGUGAUUGAAGCCAUACCGGAGCAUCUAGAGAGUAAGAUUGAGUUAUUUGGAGAACUAGAGCAAUACGCUCCUCACGAUGCAAUUAUAGCAACUAACUCAUCUUCCUACCGGUCUUCGUUAAUUGCGGGGGCUCUGCUACCAACAACGCGAUCCCGCACACUGAAUACACAUUAUCAUAUGCCACCAGUGAGAGUGAUUGUUGAGCUAAUAUCAUGCGGCCACACAAAUGAGGAGAUGAUGAUCUUCAUGGAAGCUUGCCAGAAGGAGGUUCAUAUUAUCCCAUAUAUCGUACGGCAGGAGUCAACCGGUUUCAUUCUGAAUAGAGUUUGGGCUGCUAUCAAGCGCGAAGUUUUGACUAUGCUUGCGGAUGGUGUAUCGACACCUACAGAGAUUGACGAGAUUUGGGGAUCAGUGAUUGAGUCCACUCGACCUGGUCCUUGCAGGGUGAUGGACGAGACUGGUCCUGACACAGUAGCCGCCAUUGAACAGAAUUCUAUCAAUGAGCGUGGACUUUUCUCUAUUGAUACUGUCAACUUCCUGCGCGAGUCCUAUAUUUUUCGGGGAAAAUCAGGAUCCAAAUGCGAGAUUGGUGGUCUCUACUCACCGUCUCCUGGUGUACCAAAGCAGCCAAGCUAUCCAUUGAGAUGGGACCCUGCGAUUAUACUCGCCAUUGAUAAUGCUGCAGGGCGAGUAAAGACUCUGAAAGAGGGUCGCAUCUUAGCCUUCAAUAUGAUGGGCAUGAAUUUGGGUGCACUGGUCGUUGACCAAUUCCUUCCAGACGGCGUCGAUGUGGAUAGAUCUACCGGCCGUAUUUUCUGGACUUGUAUGGGUAAACCGGGUAAACCGGAUGGCGCCAUCUAUAGUGCCAACUUGGACGGUACCGAUAUCAACACAGUGCUACCAGACGGGGGUAUUAGCACCCCAAAGCAGCUAUGUUUGGACUCAAUCAACCGCCAAAUCUACUUUUCCAAUCGAGAAGGCAAGCGCAUUUACCGGUGUGACUACAGCGGAUCCCAGCUAAAGGCCCUUGUGGAGAACUGUAACGGUGGAGAAGAUACCGCGGCAAUUCCUCAUUCACGUGCAGUCGAUUGGUGCGUUAGCUUGGCAGUAUCACUGAAGCUAGAAAAGAUAUUUUUGUCCCAAAAGGGUCCUCCAAAAGGCGGGAUGGGACGUAUCUUCUCUGCUGGUCUCAAAAUACCUCCAGGGGAGACUGCAAUUACCCGCAAAGACCCAGAAUGCCUUUUAUAUGAUCUCCCAGAACCUAUCCAUUUGGAUGUUGAUGAAGAAAAUUGCAUUCUUUACUGGACUGAUCGCGGUGAAAUGCCGCUGGGGAAUUCUGUCAACUGUCUUUCUCUAGACAGACGAGGAACUACUCCGUCAAAUCAUACGGUGCUCGUCCGGAACUUGCAUGAAGCGAUUGGACUUGCGCUCAAUAUUUCUGGUGGUCUAAUCCUUUUUGCAGAUUCGGGUGGCAGACUUUACAGCAGCAACCUGGAUGGCACGAAUAAGAAAGUCAUAUACUCCGGAGAAGAAAACUUUACAGGAAUAGCACUGGCGUAG